CAGCACGCAGCGCUCGAAGAGAGAAAGAGCAGAGAAACGGGACCGGGCCGGAACACGGAGAUUAUUACUCAAUAACUAAGUCUUUAACAGGCGGGUUAAAUAGCAGCACUUUUUGGGGAGCUUAUUUAUUACUCCAGUUCGAUUUGAUAAACCUGACCUAGUGGCACAGGGGAACCAUAUUUAACUUGUAAAUAAACCACGAACGAACAAAACAAUAGUGACACAGCGAAGAGGACUCAGCGUUAGCAUUAGCGUUAGCUUGUUUGCUAAAACACUACCGACGUUCGCCGUUACUCCUGUUUCGUUUCUGGAUUGAACGCAGACACAAUGACAUCGAGGAAGAAAGUUCUGCUGAAAGUGAUCAUCCUCGGGGACUCAGGGGUGGGAAAGACCUCUCUGAUGAACCAGUAUGUGAACAAGAAGUUUAGCAAUCAGUACAAAGCUACAAUAGGAGCGGACUUCCUGACAAAAGAGGUGAUGGUGGACGAUCGGCUUGUCACAAUGCAGAUUUGGGACACAGCGGGUCAGGAGCGGUUCCAGUCUCUGGGCGUGGCGUUCUACCGCGGCGCCGACUGCUGCGUGCUCGUCUUCGACGUCACGGCACCGAACACCUUCAAGACGCUGGACAGCUGGAGGGACGAGUUUCUGAUCCAGGCCAGCCCUCGCGACCCUGAGAACUUCCCCUUCGUCGUGCUCGGCAACAAAAUCGACCUGGAGAACAGGCAGGUAACCACUAAGCGAGCACAAGCCUGGUGCCAGAGCAAGAAUAACAUCCCCUACUUUGAGACCAGCGCCAAGGAGGCCAUCAAUGUAGAGCAGGCUUUCCAGACCAUCGCACGCAACGCACUCAAACAGGAAACCGAGGUGGAGUUGUACAACGAGUUCCCAGAGCCGAUCAAGCUGGACAGAAACGAGAGAGCCAAGCCAUCAGCGGAGAGCUGCAGCUGCUGAAGAUGUACAGGGGGCGCUACUGAUCACCCUCCACCCUGUCUGGCCUUGUUCCUCCUUUUCCCUCUUUACACAUCUGUCUUUCUUUCUCUCGCUCUCACACUCUCUCUCUUUCCCCUGUUCCCCUCAAUGUAAUCACUGGCCUUCAUAGAGCAGGCAGGCUUCCUCUUCUAGAAUAUACCCUAUACAACUUGCACUCACAACCACACACACACACACACACACAGUGCGCUCAACAGGCUUUACAUUAAGCCCAAAGAGAUAAUUAUGAAGAAAAAGUGUUUUGGUCCACAAGUGUUUUCAGGCCCUCAAUAGUAGCUCUUUUAACUUUAAUCUUGUCACUAGUCCUAACUUCUUCAGUUCUAAGUUCUUUAGACUUCCUUCAAUUUCGACCACACACACACACUCACUCACUCUCUCUCUCGCUCUCUCUGUGUUCAUUCUGAAACUUUCAACACUUGAAUGCUCUCUGAGACUUUUUAUACAUACGCCACCACCUUGUUAACUGGAACCUAUAAGAUGUGAUGUAGAUGGAUGGGGCUGUGUAAUAUAGCGGUGUAUUAAAGCUCUGUUGGUAUCAGGACUGUCUGCUCUCUCUGGUUCGACAGGAAGCUUCGCGUGUCGCAGUUCGACUCUUAAAAGCAUGCUCUCUUGCUUUAUUUGCUUUUCGCUCAUUAAUAUACAGUGUUGCAUUUAAAGAGUCGUACCAACAAGCCUGGUGGUGUGAGGAUAGGGACUAAAGAUUUGGUCACUAAAAUCAGUACCAUAGCGGUGACCUUAGAAUUCUAUGAUAUUUUGGGAUUUUUUUGUUUGUUUGUUUGUUUUAAAUCGUCACCCGUCUCGUGAGCAGGACCGCUCACUGCAAAUUGUUAGUGACUCUGCUUGUUUUGUUUUUUUUUUCUCCUCACUCCGCCUCAGGGUGGCAGAUGGACCGGUUGGUAUCCCUUGGAUAUUUUACAAUCUGUUUAUUC